UUUCUUAUUUUUUUUUUAAAUAUAUAUUUUCAUACAUCUAUCUUCAUUCAACCAUGCCCCGAACAGUUCCCUUACUUGCCGGUGUUGUUAUUAUCUCAGCUGUUACAUACAAGUUCCGUGAUGACUUGUUAAAAGAUACCAAUGAACUUCAACAACGUUUACAAGCAGCUCGAAAAACUCUUGAUAAUGUCACUUCUUCGACUUCUACAAAGUCUUUGAUCGAUACUCCUCACCAAUCCAUUUUACCUCCUUUCACUUUGAUCGAUGAUUCGAAAAACUAUGUAACCAAUCGACUUGUACCUUCAGUGAAGCAUUCUUGGAAUAGUCAAGUGACACAAGUAGCUCAUAAUCUGGUCAAUACCGAUUACUCUGGCAAGGCAAAACAAGCAUGGGAAAAGAUCAAGGAAAACAUUCAAUAAAAUAGAACUUUUUUUUUUCUGGAUGAUUUAGAUAUAUACUAUUUAUUUUUUUUAUUGUAGUUUAGAAUUGUUUUGAUAUCAUAUAUAAAAUGUUGAUCAUUUUGUUGAAUUCAUCUUUUUUUUUUCCAUUAUACUGUUUUAUCACUGCAAUCAUCUGCCAAUCGAUUUUGAGCAUAAAAAAACCAG